AUGAUGGAUAAUGUUUCUCUGAUAAGAAUGUUUUUUCUUUCUGGUUUAAAUGAAACAGUGAACUACAGAUUGACUCUCUUCUCUCUCACAUUACUAUGUUACUGUUUGAUUUUGCUGUUUAAUGUUUCUCUCAUUGUGACCAUCAUCUUGGAUAAAAACCUCCAUGAACCUAUGUAUAUUCUAUUAUGUGUUUUGGGCAUCAAUGGACUUUAUGGCACAACAGGUUUCUACCCCAAGUUUCUCUGGGAUCUACUUUCUCCUGUUCAUGUUAUCUCUUAUUCUGGAUGCCUUGUUCAGGCUCAAGUAGUGUACUCAUUUGCCUGCUGUGAUAUGUCUAUUCUUGUAGUCAUGGCAUAUGACAGAUACGUGGCUAUCUGUCAACCACUGGAGUACCACUCUAUCCUAUCAAAGAAAAGACUAAUUAUUUUGGCAUGUUACUCUUGGCUAACACCGUUCUGCAUUUUUGGCAUAAAUGUUUUUCUAACAUCUAGGUUAAAGUUGUGCAGCCCAUAUAUUGCCAGACUUUUUUGUGUGAAUUGGAUUAUUGUUAAACUUGCUUGUUUCCCAGCUGAAACAACUCUUAACAAUAUAGUUGCAUACAUAACAAUGAUCAUUUAUGUCUUUCAUGGUGUUUUUAUAGUUUUGUCAUACAUGAUUCUCAUUAAAACAUGUGUAAACUCUAUAGAAAACAGGGCAAAGUUCAUGCAAACAUGUGUGCCACAUUUAACCUCCUUAAUCACUUUCCUUCUGACUCUACUGUUUGAUGUUAUGAAUAUGCGAUAUAAUUCAAAUAAGUUACCUCAAAUGUGUGAGGGAUGGGGACCCACCCGAGGGCUAACCCAAGGUAAGACAGUCUAG